CUGUACGAAAAGGCUGGUUUUUAUGAGUCUUCUGUGGCCAUGUAUCUUCGGUGCAGAAACUUCCAGCGAGCCGGUGAAUUACUGAGCCACAUCACCAACGCUCCGCGACUUCACCUGCAAUACGCCAAAGCACGUGAGGCCGACGGGGCUUUCAAGGAUGCGGUGGUGGCCUAUCAAGCAGCGCGUGACUGGGAUUCAGUGAUAAGAUUGUAUAUCGACAAAAUCGGCAAUCCGGACGAGGCCGUACGCGUUGUACGCGAAACCAAAAGCGUCGAGGGGGCCAAGAUGGUCGCACAGUAUUUCAUUCGGGUCAAUGAUCACACUUCCGCCAUCAAAUUCCUUGUCAUGUCCAAGUGCUUAGAAGCGGCUUUCCAGUUAGCAAGAAAAUAUCACAAAAUGGAGCUGUACGCUGAAGCAAUAGGAUCCGAGGCGGACGCAAGCGAGUACCAGAGUAUUGCAUGUUACUUUGAAAAUGAAAAGAAUUGGUAUCUGGCUGCAAAGUAUUAUUUGAUGGCAAAGCAGUAUGAGAAGGCGGUGAGGCUUGCGCUGCGAGUACCAUAUACAGAAAACAGCCCAGCACUGGAUCUGGCUCUGGAGGCAGUUGGACGAGCGGGUGAUGCACGACUGGCACAUACGCUCGUCGUCUUCCUGAUGGGUGAAUCUGACGGUGUGCCGAAAGACGCCAGACAUCUAUUCCGGCUGUACAUGGUUCUCAAACAGUACAAAGAGGCAGCUCGCACCGCUGUCAUUAUUGCACGUGAAGAACAGAUUGUCGGAAACUACCGAAGUGCACACGAUCUACUGUUUCGUUUGGUGCAGGAAUUGCGAGAUCGGAAUCUGCGAGUGCCCUCAGAGAUGGCAGAUAACUUGGCAUUGUUACAUUCCUACAUAUUAGCAAAGGUGCAUGUGAAGAAUGGUGAUCACUUUCGUGCGGCAAAAAUGCUCAUUCGGGUGGCCGAAAGCAUCAGCAAGUUUCCUGCACAUGUGGUGCCCAUACUCACAAGUACCGUAAUUGAAUGCCAGAAAGCGGGCCUGAAAGCUACCAGUUUCGGUUACGCUGCAAUGCUGCUGCGUCCUGAAUACCGGGAUAAGCUGGAGCAGAAGCACAGGCGGAAGUUCGAGACCCUCGUCCGACGACCGGACUGGAAGACGGAUUCUGCCGGUCAGGAGCAAACAGAUGGUGGCGCCGAAUUGGAACCAAACACUCCGUGCCCCUCUUGUUCUGUGCCUUUGUUAAGCACCUGUCUAUACUGUACGGAAUGUUGUAGCACACUACCCUAUUGCAUAAUUACGGGAAAUCAUGUGAUCAGGAACGACUUUACGGUUUGUCCCAACUGCAGGUUUCCCGCAAUCUACAGCGAAAUGAUGCGGUUCAUCGAGAAUCAGGAAGCUCCUGUUUGCCCAAUGUGUUCUGCGGAAUUGCGACGGGACGACAUUCACCGAAUUAUUGAUCCUAGUCAACUGCUCAACGCAUGGAUUUUGGCAACGGAAGAUUCAACGAAUGAGGUGGAUACGAGCGGAUGCAAAUAGUUCGCUAUUAUCUCUGGUCCUUGAUAGGCCUAUCAUUGUUUAAUGAUAUGUCACGUUUCCCGUGUUUUAUUCGGUUAGAUAAAAAUCCUCCGUAAUGUU